GAAUACUCUUCAUCCACACCAACAGAUGGCGCACUCGAAAACGAUCUGAAUAACAGCCAAAGAAGAGAUUGAGGUGUAUCGUGAGAUUUCUUUAUUAAUCCAAACAAACAUUUGGUUUAACUUAAAAAAUAAAAUCCAUACUUACGGUAAUGUCAGAAAAGCAUCGCAGUCUUCCUCUUUGGAUGGUUAAAUCUGACGAUCAAAGCAGCAAAGUAAACAAAAAAGAAACGGUGAGAAAGAAAACACAAGGGGGGACCGCAAGGAAGAAGCGUCCUAGAAGUGCCAUCACGUACUGGAUGAACGAGAAGGAGCUCGUGGAAACAGCACUGUGUUUUUUGAAAGAUAGCAAGUUGUGUACUAAAGGUGCAAUAGUAACCUCAAAUGUGGAAAUGGUCAUCCCAGAGACAGAUUCAUCAGACUGUGAAGCACGAGACAGGACGUAUGUUUCAGACACAGACUGUGAAAUUGCAGAACAGGAGACCGUCCCGUAUGGAAACUGCACGAGUGAAGGGACCAGCAGUCAUAUGAAACCUCAUACUGAUGAUUCAGGAACCUCCGAGAAGAUGCUACGGCUUCAAGAGCCCUCACAUAAACCAGAUGACAGUGAUGAUGAAGCUCUUGAACUUGUACGAGAAGUUUUUUUCACCUGACUGAACUGUAAAAGCAUAAAUUAACUUUCUCGGGGGGCUGUCAAGGUUUAUAAAUCAUAACUGUUUUCAUGAAUGUAUUGUCUCUUACUAAGAGACUCUUAAUGACACAAUAGCAUUGUUAGCUGUUGUUAUAGUGUCCUGUUAUUGUGGCAUUUGUAUUCAAAGCAGUUGCUCAUGUAAUUGUCAUUUGCACAUUCUUUGCACUUUUUUGGAAAGAAACAUUAGCUGUUAACCAACAAGACAAUAUAUACAUUAGUCAUUAUGUAAAAAAUAUAUAUAAUUCGUUUAAAUAAAAAGCAAUUUGGGUUUGAAAAGACUGUUACUUAACCCUAUAACUGCCACCCCUACCCCCUUUUUUGAGUGUGGGAUGAAAAGGUGAAUAUAAAUAAUUUUUUACUCUGUCA